AUGGAAGGCCUCUUCUUUAAUAUCAACGGCGGAUAUGUCGAAGGCAUUGUUCGAGGCUACCGCAACACACUCUUGACAGGCCAGAGCUAUGGAAACCUGACGCAAUGCGAGACGAUAGAUGAUGUUAAAUUACAACUCUCACCUGCUUAUGGCGACUUCCUUGCCUCCCUCCCACCUAAUCCUUCAACCUCUUCACUUGCCAAUAAGACGACCGAUAAGCUCGUCGCAGAGUUCAGAUACUUGCAGGGUCAAGCAACUGGGACUCUGUCGAAGUUCAUGGAGUACCUCACCUACGGAUACAUGAUUGACAAUGUCGCAUUACUGAUCACAGGCACUCUCCACGAAAGAGAUACCAAAGACUUGUUGGAGAGAUGUCAUCCACUAGGGUGGUUUGAGGCGAUGCCAGUACUUUGCGUUGCGACCAAUAUCGAAGAGCUGUAUAACUCAGUACUAGUGGAGACACCGUUAGCGCCAUAUUUCAAGGGCUCACUCAGCCAUCAAGACUUAGAUGAGCUUAAUAUAGAGAUCAUCCGCAAUACAUUGUACAAGAACUACUUGGAAGACUUUUACAAGUUUACUACAGAACACCCGGAACUGAGGGGAACGCCGACAUCUGAUGUCAUGGCAGAAGUCCUCGACUUUGAGGCAGACCGCAGAGCAAUCAACAUUACACUAAAUUCAUUUGGAACCGAGCUGUCAAAACAAGAUCGAAGGAAGCUUUACCCAGAGUUUGGCAGACUUUAUCCAGAAGGCACAUUGAUGCUUUCGCGAGCAGACGAUAUCGACGGUGUUUCGCUUGCCGUGAGCGGAGUCUCUGACUAUAAGUCAUUCUUCGAUGCUGUAGGAAUGAAUGGUGGCAUGAGCGCUUCGGGUCCGGGCAACAUGGCAGGUGGCAGCGGUGGCGAAAACAAGAGUCUUGAAGACAUGUUCUAUCAGAAAGAGAUGGAGAUAUCGAAGUUGGCGUUCACCAGACAAUUUACACAUGCAGUGAUAUACGCAUGGGUGAAGCUGAGAGAGCAGGAAAUACGAAACAUUACCUGGAUCGCAGAGUGCAUAGCACAGAACCAGAAAGAGCGUAUAGGCAAUUACAUAAGUGUAUUCUGA